UUUAUCCCCCCCUCCCCCCACAUUGCUCACUCUUUCUCUUUUAGAUUUUAGUUACUCCCUCUCUCUCCCUUCUUUUGGCAUGGCUGAGCCAAGAACACAAUACAGUGAAUGCAGCUAACAAGAAAUAUCAAAACAACGACAUGAGAGAGCUAGAGAGCUUCAAAAUGACGUCACUACAUCAGAACCUUCAAUGGCCACCGGUGGGAGCUCCAACGAAUAUCCGACAAGAGGAGCCAUGGAGAUCUCAGUUCAACGAUCCAGUCAACGCUGUUUCCUUUGGUUUUAUCGCCACCGCCAUUCUCAUCUCAAUGUUCAUCGUCAUGGCCAUCUUCGAAAUGCUUAUUCGAGCCACCACCACUAACUCACAUUCUUCUCCGGGUCAGGUCCUUUCGGAUCUAGAGUCGCGGGUGGGGCUCAAUGGCUUUGCAUUUUCUAAGUUUGGUUGCGAAUCUCCCAAGUUAGGUGUGUACUCAAAAGGGGUCUCUGUGUUAAUGCCAGGAGACAAUGUACCUACAUUCAUUGCUCACCAUGCACCCGUACCCGUGCCCGCACUUGCAGACAAAAAGUCCAACACUCCAAGUUCCAGCUCAAACUCCAUUCAAGAAUGUUAACAAUUCUAGAUUUUCAUUAUUCAGUGUUUUGUUCCUAUGUGAUUGUGGCAGCUUUAUCUCUUAGAUUAAAGGAGGUUGUUAUGAGUAUCUUUUCGUAGAUAUAACUAAAGGAACCAAGCUGCUAAAGCCUGGCUUAAGUAUAUAAGUAUUU